CGGCCGAGAAGGGCAGGGGCAUGCCCGAGUGGCCGCUGCUCCGAGCGCUCCGAGGCGGUCAUGCGACUCGGUCGCUUUCGCUUACGGGGCGUCGUCUGUGCCGCCUGCCCUGGGGCUUAGCCAAAAUGAGGGCGUUGGAAUGCCUGGACUUGCGGAACAAUAGGUUGUGUCGGCUGCCCCCGGACAUGGAGGCUCUAGGGCGGCUCAAGGUACUAAAUUUGGGAAACAAUAUUUUUGAAGAAAUUCCAGAGCAGCUGAUGUGCCUCAAAUCUCUACAGAAGCUUCAUUUGUUUGGAAACAAGAUUACCAGAAUGUCACCCUUAAUAUGUGGUGGAUUGCAGAAUUUAGUACUUUUGAAUCUGAACAACAAUUUGCUUAGCCAUCUUCCUCCAGAGAUACACAGGCUCGAAAAUCUUGAAUGCUUGAGUCUGAACAAUAACCAACUGCGAAGUAUCCCCAGAGAGUUGUGUAGUCUCCAAAAGCUGUGUGAGCUCCAUUUGUCUCACAAUUCUCUCACAGCACUCCCUGAAGAGAUUGGUCACCUGACAGAACUCAAGAUCUUGAGCUUGUCAAGAAAUCAAAUAGAAGAGCUCCCUGAAGGAAUUUGCAAAAUGGUGAGCCUUCGAGUUCUAGAUCUAGCAGGAAACAACAUUCAGAUUUUCCCAAUAGCAAUGCAGGAUCUUGAGCUGGUGGAACUUUACUGUGAAGGUAAUCCAUUGCUUCAGAGGCAUCCAGUUAGUGCCAUACAAGAAGAGGAAGUUUUGACUCUUAAGGAAAUAACAGCAAGAUUUAUUCUCGCUCAGCUGAAAAGCGACAACCUUUCUUUACACAGAGCAAUCAAGCAAAACGCAGAAGCACAGAAUAUACUUUCUCAGCAACGAGAAUGUGCUCAGUGUGGAUGUAGUUUUCUGAACAUAUGGCUAGAAUGCGUACAGUUUGUAGAUGUAAAACAGCGAAUGAAGACCAGCAGAAACCUUCACCUUUUACCUGUCAGGAUACUGCUGUGCUCAUACCAGUGUUUUAACCGCCAUGAUGAUGGACUCUUCGGAAUUGCUGUGCCUUAGAGCAAGCAGUGAAAGCACGUGGGCCUCAAUCACCAUAACUAUUGUGGCAUUCUUAAGAACUGAACUUAAGCGUGCAUUGGUAUGAGUUUAAAAUACAGUGUUAUGUUGAAAUGAUGGUUGCAGUGAAGUGAUCUAGUCAUGGGCAGAAAUUGUUCUCUACAGCUGUGUAGCGCUGGCAGUGCAUUUUGGCUGAUUUGACUGUGCUUCUGAAAAUGGAUGACUCAAGCUAGUGACAUUGUUUAACAAUGAGGUAAAGUUUUAUAAUGUAAACUCUAACUAACCUGUGUUACUGUGGUUGCUUUGGCUUCCCUGUUAAGAUCUAUCCUGCCUAGUGUGAAAUUCUGAUGAAGUGUGCUCCCCCCAAAAAAAUCUAAGGUCAGGCCUUAAAAUGACUGAACAAUACUUUAACAUGUGUCUAGUGAUUACGUAAUCCUUGAUUUCCAUUAUAAAUCCUGUGUUCUAGAAGUUUAUAGCUUGGCUUUAGAAAUUGGCAUGCAGAAUUUUCAACUCAGGAGAAAAUGUGUUGGAGUGUUUUAUAAAAGAAAGAAAAAGGUGACAUAUUUUAAGAAGGAUUUCUUUGCUCCAAAGAACUUUGAUUAUAAACAGGCUGUGUGAGAUGGAAAACAUUGGGGAGGGGGGCGCCAUUCCACAAGGGAACAGGCUGUUCGGUAGGUAGAAUUUUGAUUUAUUUGUUUGCUUUUUCAUUUUUGCUAUCAGUUCCCUUUUUGAUUCUUGUGAAUGUUUUAUCUAACGUAGUUUUUCUGCUUCUCCUAACUUACCAUUUCUAGAACCAUUGCCACGUAAAUAAUGCUACAGAAAACAUGUCUAUUACUUAAACUAGUUCCUAAAUAUAAGCAUGUGGUUUGACUUCAGUGUUUACAUAACAAGAUUAUGCAGGUUCUAAUCUAAAGUGAGUGAAUGUUAUUUCAGUUUAGAGUAAUAAGUGAGACCAUGUGCUUGCCCUAAAUAGUAGACACUUAAUAUUUCCCUAUUUAAAAACUCCGUAAGAAUAAUUCAGCAUGCAAAUUGAAUAUUCCAGAAAUACAUUCACAUAUUAUCAAAAUAUAUGUGUCAGUACAUAUUUGACUUAAUUUUAAGUUAUAAAAUUAGAAGGCGCUAAAAUGCAUUUUUUGCCAAAAUUGCAAUAAAUCCAUGAAUUAACUGUAUGUGACGAGGAAACAGUAUAUGGUGAGGAAAUAGAAGCAUGCAUUCUAAGUGAAGGCCAGGGAGAGGGGAGUAUAGAAGACUCCACUGAGCCCUAUGAUGAAGACGUCUCAGCAGUUCCAAUCUCAGAAUCUAGUUCCUUACAAAGUCCCUGAACAUUUUGUGGGACUAAAAGGAAAGGCACCUAGGCAGCCAAGCCAAAAAACUUGAGAAGAUAAUAAAAAAGGUUAAAUAAUGUUCCUGUGGAUUGAGGGGGUGCAACUCCUUAAGGAAAGGAAAUCAGAUGAUAUUGUUGUUAAGUCCUUCUCAUGCAUAAAAACUCAGUCUUGUCAACCAAUUCAAGCCUUGUUAUCAACAGUCAUUCUAAAAAUGCAAUAAAAAACAGCUGGGAGGAUGCUCAUCUCUGCACACAAGCAUUAAUAGGCUCUGCCCUUUGAACAGUAAAACAUUUUAGAUAAUAAAAGGAUAUGCUGAGAAAUAAAAACUAACUGGGGUAAGAAAAAUGUAAAACUAGGAUGAAAUAUCGGAGGGGACACAGGAAAAGGAGCUGAGUUCUGCCUCAGGAAGAGAGCAGGGGCAGCUCAGGUCUGGCUCAGGAAAAAGAACAGACAGGGUCAAGGCAGAGUGGUUUAGCUCUCUCUCUCUGUGAGAGCAGAGAGUGCUCAACCAUCAGACCUGUCUCUGAUAAUGAGCAGACCUUGUACAAUUUAGUCUGACUCUGGGGAAAACUGAUGUGGGUGAAAUCCUGUGGGUGAGGGAGGAUGCAGCAGAGUGGCAAGUCAAUAAAAGUCUGUUUGUGCCUGAAAGCAUGGUAGGAAAGUCUGACUACUCCUAAUCAGUUUACAUUUUUGUGCCUUAGCCAGGUUUCUACUUUGCUUACCUGGACACCUAUGCUGCUGGUUUGUUCCUUUAAUAUCAACCUGUAA